GACAUGGCGACGGCGAUGGGCGCCACGGCCGCCACGUACGGGGCCCCGAUCCCGGCGCGGACGGCACCGGCACCCGCCGCAUUCUCUCCCUGCGGCGGAGGCAGCCGUCGCCGCAGUACUGCGGCCGGCGGGCGGCGGCUGCGGGCCUUGUUCUCGCCCCGGGCCGUCUCCGACUCGCGCAACUCCCAGACGUGCCUCGAUCCGGACGCCAGCACGAGUGUUCUUGGGAUCAUCCUCGGCGGCGGCGCCGGGACGAGGCUGUACCCGCUGACGAAGAAGAGGGCCAAGCCUGCAGUGCCGCUCGGUGCCAACUACAGGCUCAUCGAUAUCCCAGUCAGCAACUGCCUCAACAGCAACGUGUCCAAGAUCUACGUGCUCACGCAGUUCAACUCCGCGUCGCUCAACCGCCACCUCUCCAGGGCCUACGGGACCAACAUCAGUGGCUACAAGAACGAGGGGUUCGUCGAGGUUCUUGCCGCGCAGCAGAGUCCGGAGAAUCCUAACUGGUUUCAGGGUACUGCAGAUGCCGUGCGGCAGUACUUGUGGCUGUUUGAGGAACACAAUGUUAUGGAGUUCCUUAUUCUGGCUGGAGAUCACCUGUACCGUAUGGACUACCAAAAAUUCAUUCAAGCACACAGAGAAACAGAUGCUGAUAUAACUGUGGCUGCCCUGCCGAUGGAUGAGGAACGUGCAACUGCAUUUGGCCUUAUGAAAAUUGAUGAUGAAGGGAGAAUCGUUGAGUUUGCAGAAAAACCAAAAGGAGAGAUGUUGAAAUCAAUGAUGGUUGAUACCACCAUACUGGGCCUUGAUAAUGAGAGGGCUAAGGAAUUGCCUUACAUUGCUAGCAUGGGGAUCUACGUUUUUAGCAAAGAUGCGAUGCUUCGGCUUCUCCGUGAAAAUUUUCCUUCCGCAAAUGACUUUGGAAGUGAGGUUAUUCCUGGUGCAACAGAAAUUGGAAUGAGGGUGCAAGCUUACUUAUAUGAUGGCUACUGGGAAGAUAUUGGUACUAUUGAGGCAUUUUACAAUGCAAACUUGGGAAUAACCAAGAAGCCAGUACCAGAUUUUAGCUUCUAUGACCGUUCUGCUCCAAUCUAUACACAAUCUCGAUACUUACCUCCUUCGAAGGUUCUUGACGCUGAUGUGACAGACAGUGUUAUUGGUGAAGGUUGUGUUAUCAAUCAUUGCACAAUCAACCAUUCUGUUGUUGGACUCCGUUCGUGCAUAUCCGAAGGCGCAGUAAUAGAGGAUUCCCUGCUAAUGGGUGCAGACUAUUAUGAGACGGAAAAUGACAAGAAAGUCCUUUCUGAAACUGGCGGCAUUCCCAUCGGUAUUGGAAAAAAUGCGCACAUCAGGAAAGCAAUAAUCGACAAGAAUGCUCGAAUUGGAGAAAAUGUGAAGAUAAUCAAUGUUGAUGAUGUCCAAGAAGCUUCAAGGGAGUCCGAUGGAUAUUUUAUCAAAAGUGGCAUCGUCACUGUGAUCAAGGACGCCUUAAUUCCUAGUGGGACAGUCAUAUAGGGGAACCCGUCAUCAGCAUGUAUAUAAGGUUGGCUUGCAGGCUAAUUGUCUAUGGUGGCCUCCAGUGCAUCCAUGGUUUGUUUCCCAUGCGGAAAAUUCACCAAGCUGUGCUUCAACCUGGAAACGUCGUUGUCGGUGAAAGGAAUAAAACGGUGGCCACAACUUUAGGCACCUAUUUUUUGUUGCUGUUAUCUAGUAUGAGCAAUGUUGUCUAGAAAUGGUGUCAAUUCUGA